ACCGUCAACAAGUGUCAACCCUCCUGCGUUCCCCAAACCCACGAAAUCCAUACCCACAUGAGAUAGCGGAUGGCAAUGUGGUCAUCCAGGCCACUCGCUCUUUCCCUCCCAACCCGAACCUGAUUUACACCAAGCUCCACCGUUGCCUGUAGGCUACCAACGCUACACUCCCGGGAGAGCAGUUGCGAGACACAUCCGUAUGUCUUGAGGAAAGGAGGAGGAAGAAAGAGCGCGAUGGAUCAGCCGGCAUGGGGAAACGCUACCCUCAUUCCUGCAGCCAUGGAUCUGCUUCUUGCAGUGCCCAGGCUUGCUCAGCGAGCGGGACAGUUCGCCCUCUUCCACAUGCCUGAAGCAGUAGACAACAUCGCCGGCAAGAUCUUCAACGGCGGCAGCAUCAUCGCCGAUCCCACCGCUCGUCAAACGGUCAACUCCACCAUCACCAACACCAGCCAAGCCUUCUUGCGGCAAAGCACCGACACCGCCGGCUUCGAAGCUGCAAUCAAAGACGCCUUUGCCAGUGGCAACACGACGCGCUCCUCCGUGCUCAUUGUCGUGUGGCAGUGGUUCACCAGGCUGAAGAGCAUGAACUUUGGUGGCGUCUUCUCCUAUCUGACGUCGAGGUGGGCAUUAGCAACAUUUACCGCCGCCAUUGUCCUCAAUCGCACCCAGUUCUACGCCUCCUCCAGAGAGCACCUGCAACUGCGAUGGUUCAUGCGGCUAGCCCUCUACGCCCUUCCCAUCGCUUCCUUCCUCACUCAACUUCUCUUCAUCUUACAGGCACUAAAAUGCCAGACAUCGCCGGACUUUGCAUUACUCCGCUACGGCGACCCGUUGAAACAGCUGUCGAUUGAUUUCGGCGGCGAGGGAGGUUUCCUAUACAAGCUCAGCUCAACUCUCCUCUUUUGGGAGGAUGAUAUGAGCUGCUGCGCCGCACGACAGAUGUCCUUGAUUGCCGUGGACAGCGACCGGACACAGCUUCGAGGCUCAAUGUCACUGCUCUUUACUUUCUUCCUCACCCUAUGCACGAGCCAGCUGUUCGAAACGCUCGCAUGCGCCCUCCAGGGAAGACUGCCAAUGCCGGAGACUGGAAUGACCAUUUUCGAGCACUCCCUCGCAUUUGCCGAAUGCGAAGCCAUGAUCAGCAGCGCUCUGGGCUUUGGGUUCUUCGGAGGGCCCAAGCUAAGUUCUUCGACUUCUUCCGGCUCAGGUGAAAACACCGGACCAUUGAUGUCUCGAGCCGAGAUCAUGCAACGCCUCAAUGUCCCGCCCGAGAUGCUUCUUAUCUGCUUGAUCUCCUGCUUUAGCCAUCUAGCCAGUGCAACACUAGCAGUCACCGGCCUUCGACAACGCGUCCGGUUGCUUAACACGGCUUUGUGGGCCUGUUGCUACAUGGCCGCUUUCAUGUGGAGCUUCACCAAGAUUUUCUUAAACCCGAUAGAAAGCAUCACAGAACUGGGGAUGCUCAGAUUCCCCACCGUCUGCAUCGUCGGCUUCAUUCCGCACGUCCUCAUCUUGAUCGGCAUCUUCAUCUGCGCAGUCAUCUAUGGCUUGGCCUUAUUGAUCACUGCUCUUUCCGUGCCGAGAGAAGUUUCGGCUGGCUUAUCAUUCCGCCAACGAUUAGCUUGGGCUUACGGGAAUCUCCAGGCUAACGUGCAGUUCUCUUCCUCUUCCAGCAUUCGCAUCAAGAUGUCGGAAGACUUCUACACCACCCUUCUGAAAGUCGGCUUCACCCUACUCACAGCUGCAUCUGAAGCGGUGUAUCUUAACGAGGGAAGCCGCAUUCACGUCGCACAAAUGACAUGGCUCGAGCAGAAGCGUAUCGAUGAAUUGGCCGAUGGCAUCGAGCAACGCAAAACGCCAGCAGUACCGGCCGAGCUACUUGGUGAAGGCAUAGCAAGGGGAGUCGAUUUCUCCGACCACCAUAACGUUGCCUUUGGACGAUCACCAUACGCCCGGGAGAGAAAGUCGAGGCCAACGAAGAGCGACCAUGACAGACCGGGAGCGGCGAACGAUCUCGACAGUGGACUUGGGAUCGCGCAACGACGGAGUCGUAUGCAAUUGACCUUCGACUUCAUUGCUGGGCUGUUCUGGCUCAUUAUUGGUUUGCAGGCGAAUUUGGUGCUAAAUACCUUAAGAAGGCUUGGUGUCGAACGUCGUCCUUCCUGGCUACUGAAAGCGGCCGGUGUGAUGCAAAAGCAGAAGGGCACCGAGACACAUCGACUAGGGGAUGAUACUUUCCCCGUGCCUACCGAUAGCAACGUGGAUAUUGAGCUGGAGACGAGACAACGGUUGGCGAGUGGGGAGAACAUCGUCUCGGAAGAGUCGCUGGGUGACAUUCUCUACUCAUAUUGGCGCAACGGCGGCUGGUUCGGAGAUCUGGAUGCUAGUGGCGAGUACAGCGCUCCUAGUGUGGACGACGACGAUGCGACGAGUGUAAUAUCCAUGUCGACCGAUGGAGACAUGAUGGACGACGAGCAUUCGGACACAGCAGACGCAGGCCGCCGCACUCCCACCCAACACGAUCCAUUGGGAGAGCGCAGUGGGCAGAGCACGCCCGUCUCAGAAGCCGAGCUCGAUCUUUCCAUGCUCUCGCGCCUUCUGAACCCCCAAUCCGCCUCAGAGAGAGAAGAAGCGCGUCUCCUAUCCUACAGCUUACAAACCCACCGGCCCAUGACCCGCAGCCAAUACCGACGCAACGCAGAGCGCACCCGCGCCCUCCUCCUCAGCGGUCUCCGCGGCCGCAACCCCAACGACACCGCCAGCGCGGAGGAAGAAGAGCACGACCUGGAGACCUUCAUCCUCGAGCGCCGCUCCAACGCUAGUGCCGCCAAGAGCGGCGGCGGCACGUGGGAGACGGGCGCGGAAGGAAUGGGCGCUUCGGGGCCGCAGUGUGUUGUUUGCCAGUCGACGCCGCGCACGAUUCUCGUAUGGCCUUGUGGGUGUUUGAGUAUGUGUGAUGAGUGUCGCGUCGGUCUGGCGGCGAGGAAUUAUACCAAGUGUAUUUGCUGUCGGACGGACAUUGCGGCUUAUUCGAGGCUGUAUGUGCCUUGAUCUGGUUGAAGCGAGUUCGUAGUCAUAACGCAUAGCGAGGCUGUUCUACUAUUCCCCGUAACGCC